AUGUGCAAGUUUGACUUUAAUAAAAUUUGUGUCAUUCUCAUUAAAUUGACUUUUGGAGAGGAACUCGGAUUUCAAAAGCAAACGCCAGGCUUUGCAACAAAAUCUAUUCACAACGGACAAAAGCCUGAACAAUGGAACAGUCGAGCUGUCGUACCGCCGAUAAGUUUGUCAACAACAUUUAAACAAUCAGCACCAGGCGUUCAUUCAGGAUUUGAAUACAGUCGAUCUGGUAAUCCCACGAGAAAUGUUCUCGAAACAUGCUUGGCUGGACUUGAUAAUGCGAAAUAUGCACUGACUUUCUCGUCUGGAUUGGGAACACAAACCGCAAUUCUGUCAAUGCUUAAGACUGGUGAUGGAAUAAUCACUGGCGAUGACAUUUAUGGAGGUACAAACAGAUUGUUCAGAAAUCUUGCUGCAAAUAUGGGCAUUGAGGUACAAUUUGUUGACUUAACGGAUUUAAAGAACUUGGAGAAAGCCAUAAAGCCAAAUGUUAAGCUUGUAUGGAUGGAAACGCCAACAAAUCCAUGCAUGAAAGUUAUUGAUAUCAAAGCAGUUGCCGAAGUUGUUCAUGCUAAAACAAAAGCUUUCCUCGUCGUCGAUAAUACCUUCCUCUCUGCAUACUUCCAACGACCAUUGGAUCUUGGUGCCGAUGUCGUAAUGUAUUCAUUAACAAAAUAUAUGAAUGGACAUACGGAUGUUGUUAUGGGAAGUGCUGCAACGAAUAGCGAGGAGCUUCAUGAAAAGCUUCGCUUUUAUCAAAAUGCUACAGGAAUCGUUCCAUCACCGUUCGAUUGCUAUUUGGUCAAUAGAAGCUUGAAAACUCUAUCAUUGAGAAUGGAAAAGCAUUUCCAAAAUUCUGUUACUGUUGCUCAAUGGCUUGAGGCUCAUCCGAAAGUUGGAAAAGUUUUACAUCCAGCAUUGCCAUCACAUCCACAACAUAAAAUUGCGUUGUCACAGACCUUUGGGCAUUCGGGUAUCAUGUCGUUCUAUAUUAAGAAUGGAACAUUAGAACAAUCGUCAAAAUUCUUGGAGACAUUAAAAGUUUUCACACUCGCUGAAUCUCUUGGUGGAUAUGAAAGCUUAGCGGAACUUCCAAGCGUUAUGACGCAUGCAUCAGUGCCAGAAGCUCAACGCGCUGAAUUGGGAAUAACUGAUGGAUUAAUCAGAAUCUCUGUUGGACUUGAGGACUCGCAGGAUUUGAUAAAUGACCUCGAGCAAGCAUUUGCUGCCAUUUAAAAAGGCUUUUCUACAUUCUUCUUUUUACAUGUCAAAAAAAAUAUUUUUUUAUACGAAAUAAAUUCUUUUUCUAUAAAUCAUGA